AUGAAAAAUCUAAUACUCAGUCCUCGUGGGGAAACGCUGAUGAUUUUGAAAGCAAAGAGGGCUGAUGCUGGAAGCUAUUCAUGUGUUGCGAAGAACCUUGCCGGAGAAUCGGAAGCAAGUUUCACGGUAACGGUGUUGACACGUCCUCAUAUCGACGAGCAGAUCGAUCAGACUCCGAAAGUUGUUCAAAAUCACGAUAUUACUCUUCAGUGCCCAAUUAGAGGCAAUCCGAAACCGAAGAUCCAGUGGCUUAUGAAUGGUCAGUUCAUUCGUAGUGAUCGUUUCACGCCAACAGCUGAUGGAGGGUUGAGCAUCAAAUCGGUUCAGGAGGCUGAUGCGGGUCGAUAUACGUGCGUUGCGCAGAAUGAAGCCGGCUCCUUGAAUACCGAUUACGAACUUGAAGUUAUAGGUUGAAUUCAUUCGUGCUGUAUAUUCUCAGGUCCUCCACGAUUCCAUCGUGAGGGUGAUGCGGUAUAUGAAGUGAGAGAGAGUGAGACUGUAACCAUGGAUUGCGCUGUUGAUGCGGACCCGAAACCUGAAAUUAUUUGGUACAGGGGUGAUUCACCUCUAUACCUAUCCGACAAUAUUCAUAUUUCAUCCGAUGGACAGUGGAAUUCCGUCAUGGCUGGAAUGAAUGCAACAUUAUUGAAUAAUGAUUUCUGUAAACAAUUAGCAGCUAUCGGUUUUGUUCAACGCGGAGUAUUAUUUCAGCAAAUCACAAUCCGUGGUGCUCAAGUUAGUGAUGGUGGUAAAUAUACGUGUAGAGCGACGAACGAAGCGGGUUCUGCUGAUAUCGACCUCACGUUAAAAAUUCUUAUUCCGCCAAGCAUCGACAAGUCGAAUAUCAUCGGAAACCCACUGGCUAUUGUUGGCAGGUCAAUCUAUUUGGAAUGCCCAGUCACUGGAAUUCCCCAGCCGAAAGUCACGUGGUUCAAAGAAGGUAAUCCGAUCGAUGUGCGAGAUCAACGAAUAUUAGUCGAUCAGAAUAAUCAGACGUUUGGUAUUUUACAUGUGGAGACCAAGGAUGAAGGACGUUACUAUUGCGUUGCCGAGAAUAGGGGUGGAAAAUCAGAGCAAGAAUUCAAUUUGGAAGUUGUUGUUCCGCCACAAAUGGAGACAACUGAAUUGCAACGAUUUACGAAACGUGAGCAGGAUACCUUGACCCUUUGGUGUCCGGUGAAAAAUCCGCCGGAUAGUGCAGCAAUGACUGAAAUAUUUUGGUACAAAGACGUGAAGCGAUUCUUUCAGAUUUCUUCGGAUGGACGUCGAUUGCAGUUGACGCGAACAACAUUGGCUGACGCGGGCAAUUAUUCGUGUAUUGCGUUGAAUCGUGCUGGAGAAAGCUCGUUGGAAUUCGACGUCGAAAUACUCUGUAGGAAUCUGGCCACUCAAAAAUGUCGUGAACUAGAAACAAAACACUUGUACGCAUAUAGGAAAGUAUAUGAGAGGCGUAGGUAUGAGUUGUGGAAACACAAUCAAAAAAUACAAAACGUUAUGAAUAAGCAGAGUCUAGAGACAAGUGAUGAGCAUAUUCGAAACAGUGUGCACCAUCGUCCAGCACCGCCGUUCAUGCCCACUAUUAAUGUACCCGUUAUAUCCACAGUUAUAAUCAGUGGGGAUAGUUCGUCAGGUAAGGUUACCGUUCGUGCAACUGAUCACUCAUCCACUCUGGCUGAAGUUCAAGCACAUCCUGUUCAGCAGCAUUCAUCAUCCUCGUUCCAUUGGGAUGCUAGACAAGGCAGUUCGUCUAAUGCAUAUGUAAACAACACAAUAUCGAACCGGGUAAACUUGGAGGUUACUCUGGUGCAGGCGCCUUCAUUCCCAGAUGGCUCAAUUAACAUGGAAUCGGAGAGGAAUAUCAAUGUUGACGGGACUGCAGCUAAAGAUGCAGCAUCGCCUACUGUCGGUGAGCACGAGCAAACUUCUCAACGAACGCCGGAUUUUGUGUUUGAGGUCCACAAAGCAGUUGAUGAUCGCCCAACCGUCGAUAUCCCGGCUUCCCUCAAAUCUCCUUCUCAACAGCACCAGAUAAACUCGUUGGAUAUUCGGCCGACUGCUCUCGCCGAAAUAAGUACGUUAAGCCAGUUUGACUCUCGUCAUCCGACGGAGCGUGUACCAAAAGUGCAUGCGGAGCAUAAACAACAACAACGGGAACAAACUGUUUCGGAACGACAACGGUAUUAUGAAGCAUUGCGACGCACUCAACUGGAAGAACGUCAACGACAAAUUGAUCAGGCCCAAAGAGAGUACGAGGCCCGUUUAGAGGCAUGGCGACGUGAAAACGAUCCUAAACAGGAUCAUGGUAGCAGUAAGGAUUCAAAGUAUCGAUCACAGGAACAGUUUCUAGGCGCAGCUGUUGAGGAACGUAAUGAAAAACACUUGACUGAUUCAUCGAAGCGGAGGCGUCUUCCGGAUGAUCACCAUCUGCAACGUUCCAAUCAUUCAACAGUCCACAUAGGUGAUCGAGGAAUCGACUCGAACAAAGAUGGCAUUAUGCAAAUUGGUGUUGAGAAGAAUUUAGUGGUUGAUUCGAAUUUCAGAAAUGUGCAUAAAAUCCGCCGUCCGCAUCAUCAAUAUCACCAUCGGAAACACCAUCAGCCUCAUCACGUUUCGCAUAAUCGAAAACAAAUUGACCGCUCUUCUUCUUUUGAGCAUCCUUACCAUCGUAGUGAUUUGAACGUGAAAAGUGAUCACUUGGACAGUAAAUCAUCCACACAAAGAGAAAACACUGGCAGAAAAACAGAUGAAAGAGAGAGGAUCUCCUCGAAUCGAUGGGGUGGUAAAUUUCUUCUGUAUCAAACUGAAUGGCAACCUUGGGAUCCGGAUUAUUCGGACACCGAAUGGUCGCAAUGGUACAGCUAUAAUAAUGCCAUUGAAUCGACAAGGCGUCGACGUCCUGCACCCAAAGUGGAUGGCUCACGAAAUGAUGCGCAUCCACAUGUGGCAGUCGGGAGACCGAUAACAAUUUGGUGCAUUGCUAGUGGACAUCCAUUCCCAAUAAUCAAGUGGUUGAAGGAUGGAAAAGUCGAGAAUGGAAAUACGGAUGAUGCAGUAAGAAUACUUGAAAAUGGACAAGGUUCAUCAGUUAUUGACUACUUCUUUCAAUGUUCAACCAACAUUCAAACGGUUCACGUUCUCUUGGGCAACGAUCACCUAUCGAGUCCACCAAAGAAAGAAAUUUCGGUACAACGACAUUGGUGCCUCCGAAGAAUUCAACAUAAGAUGUAUUUGAUCAGUUUUAUUUCAGCACUUGAAAUCAUCAGUGCAAAAGCAGAACACAGCGGUAUUUGGACAUGUGAAGCUGAGAAUGAUGCAGGAAAAACGGAACUUGAGUUUAAUCUCGAUGUUUGGACACCCCCCAUAGUGAAAAUCGACUCGGAUAAUACAAUACGAGCACUGGAUAGUUCAAUCACAUUGCACUGUCAUGCAAGUGGCAAUCCACAACCAACCUUAUCGUGGAGUAUGGCUGGUCAACCUUUGAUGUCGUCAGCUGAAGGUGCGAGGAUAUCACUGAAAGGAACACGUCUUGACAUACCACGCUUGAAGCAAUCUCACGUUGGUGAUUACACUUGUUCGGCGCGUAACGACGCUGGUAGUGCUGAGGCAUCGAUUCAUGUUGAUGUUUUGGUACCACCAGUAAUCAGUCGCGAUAACGUUGAAAUGAGCCCACGGCUGCCAACCGGACAAACACUUACGUUACUCUGCGAUGCGAGUGGGAAGCCAUUCCCGGAAUUGGACUGGUACAUAAAUGGUACGGUUGUACAGGAGAGCUCGGGUAACCUGAUAAUGGGAGAAGACGGUCGUUACUUGCAGAUCAAUAACAUAUCCUUGGCAGAUCGUGGAGUAUACCGAUGUGUUGCGAGGAAUGUGGCUGGUCGUGACGAACUUCUGUAUAAUGUCGCAAUUGUCCAAGCUCCAAUCAUUCUGAAUGGUGGAACACAGCAAGUAAUCGAAGGUGAGGUGGCAAAAAUUACUUGUAAUGCUUAUGGUGAGCCAAUACCGGUUAUCACGUGGCAGAGGAAUGGAGUUCGUGUUGAGACCGGUAUGCGGUACAUCGCUGAGGAUAAGAUAUUAACCGUUAUCGAAACCAGGAGUUCUGAUUCCGGAAUUUACGUUUGUGUUGCAACCAACGAGGCGGGCACCACACAACAGGCAUUCACUCUUGAAGUUCUUGGUAACAAAAACUUACAUUCGCUUAUCUUCAUCGCUUCAUUUUCACCGCGAAUCGUAACAACGUCGCCGAAUGAAUCGGUGGUGCCAAUCAAUAAUCCGUUCUCAUUGAAAUGCGGUGCUCGUGGCUACCCGUAUCCUGAAAUCACAUGGACUAUUGACGAUCAACCAGUUGAGGAAGAACUUAAAGGGCGAUUCUCGAUUGCUGAUGAUGGAACGUUGUUCAUCGAAAAAGUGGCAAAAAAAGCUGUGCACACUUUCAAAUGCACCGCAACAAACGAUGCUGGUACUGAUGAAAAAGAGUACAUGGUCAAGUUGAUAAGUUCGUUUCUGUGUCGUUUGAUUAUAAGCAAUGGUCAUUUUAUUAUCAACGUUUUAGUUAGUAUCAUUCCAGUGCAUUACCACUUGAGUUUUUUUAACCAACAUUGUUACUGUGUUCGUCGUCUAUGUUUCUAUUUUUCAAUUCCCUCCGAAUACAUUUUUGAAUCCCCUGUCUUUCAACUCCGACGUUGA